AUGAGCUAUAGUCAAUGAACAGCAUUCUUACAUAGGUAUGCCUCUUGUCCAGAUGGGACAGGGCAUCCUUGUUCAGUCCAACUUCUGUCCAGUGACGUGAAUCAUUCUAUAAUUCAGCCCUAUCCAGUUCCAUCCUGGCUGUAUCCUGUUGCUUGACAAAUGAAGCAGACAUGACUGGGUUGUCUACAAAUGGAUAGAUGGAGGGACAGCACAAAAAAUCCCCUCACUGCUGUUCAGCUGCAUAAUGAAUAUCUGUAUUAUGAAGCAAGUAAAAGUUCUGUCUCAUAAACCAUGUAAUUUGAGGUGAAUCUCCUCUUUUUCAUGUCAGAAAUUUAAAGACAUCCUUAAACACAUCCUGCACAAUGGCCGACAGCGGGAAGACUGUGCCCAGUACAGCCACAGCCCAGCCAACUAAUGGAGACCUGCAGAGUGUUGUGUCCCGCGUGGGUAGCAUACCCCUGGUGAGCUCUGCGUGUGGUGUAGUGUCCAACGCCUACAGCAGCACUAAGGACAGCGUGCCCCUGCUGAAGGGGGUCAUGGAGGCUGUCGAGAGCGGGGUGCGCACUCUUGGGGCAGCCGCCACAACCGGCUCCAAGCCACUCCUGGACAGACUGGAGCCACAGAUUUCUGUGGUGAAUCAUUAUGCUAUGAUGGGACUGGACAAGGUGGAAAAACUGCAAAUCCUCCAGCAGCCAGCUGAUAAGCUAGUUUCAGAUACAAUAGGCAUGAUGUACCAGUCGAUGAGUGGGACAAAGGAGGCUAUGACUGGGGCUGUAACCGGGGCCAAAGAAACCAUGACUGGGGCUGUAAUGUCGGCAGUGUUCGGGGGUGUGGAGAUGACCCAAGCAGCAGCCAGUGGAUUGUUCAGCUCAUUCAUGGUGACCGGUGUGGGCCAGAUGGUCAGCAUUGGGGUGGACCUGGCCCUCAGCCACUCUGAGAACUGGGUGGACCAUAACCUGCCUCUCAGCGACAGAGAGCUGGCUGCUUUGGCGGAGCCUGCAACAGGUGAGGUGACUACUGCACCAGUGGUGGGCUCUAGCUACUUUGUCCGUCUGGGAAAGCUGUCCUCCAAGGUGCAGGAGCGGGCCCUGGAGCAGUCCCUGGUAAGAGCCCGGCAUGCCAGAGAUGCCACGUACGCAACUUUGACACAGAUCACCAGCACCCUGGACCUGCUGGAGAAAGCCCGCUCCACCCUGGCCACUGCCAACCACCAGCUGGGAGGGGCACCAGAGCAGCUGCUGCAGCGCUGGAAGGAGUGGCAGGAGAAACAGCCUAAAGAUGGAGGGGUAGAGAUGGGGGAGGUGGAUGUUCCCAAAGACCAGACUGAGCAGUUGGAGUGGCGAACCCUCUCGAUGGUGCGUGGUCUCAGUGACCAGUUGCGGUCUGCAUGCUCUGGGGUGGUGUCCAGCGCCCAGGGCUUACCCGGUGCUGUCCAGGACCAGCUGGCAAACGCACGGAAAGCGGCUGAAGAACUGCACUCCUCCCUGGGCAACACUAGCACCCUCACACCCCCCCUCCUGGAGCAGACCCGUCACCAUCUAACACAGGUGCGACAGUCUCUGGAUGGUGUCGUAGAGUAUCUGCUCAAUAACACUCCUCUCAACUGGCUGGUGGGACCCUUUGCACCCCAGAUCACAGAGAAGGGGGAGGGCGGGCGGGCUGGCUGCGAAUAA